UACUUGUUUAUAUGUUUUGAACUUUGAAUCACAUGUGUGUAUUACCUAUUCUAAACAAUUAAACAAAACACAAUCUGUACAUAUAAAGUGCCACCUUUCAUCUGGAGCACAAGAUGGAAUUUUUCUGUCUUUAAAAGUCUCUUAGAUCCAAAGCAGCAAGGAAAAGUGAGAUCUCAGAGAGUUUCCAGAUUAGGAGUCAUGGGAGUAUUGUGCUACAAAAAGCCUAAGGUUCAUCCUGCCAACUUGCUCAGCUGAUAAGUGCUAGUGCUCAACUGAGUCCAAAGGGAUCAGCCCUGGGUUCCCCAAUUUCUGGAAUCCAAGGGUUUGAGUGACUUUGAGACCAAUGGUUAGAGAUGCCAGUCUGUACCAGUGGGCAGCCAUGGGGCUCCCAAGAAGCCAACCUCCCUCCUCCCCACCUGUUGUGGACCCUUGGACAAUAGAUCCUAGAGGUGGGGUGGAGGGUGCAGGGGUGGAUCUGGGGAAAGGAAUAAUUGAGCCAGGUGGUUUUGAAUUACAAGUGCCCAUAGAGCUAAACUGUCACCAUGGAAAAAUGAAGGCAUGGAGACGCAGCAGCUGGAAACACAGGGUCUUUCCAGUCACAGUCACAGUCACAGUUGUCAGCAGGUGUUGAAAAUAACCCACCCUUUGGGCCCGAUGCAGCUGGAGGGCUUUGUCUCUGACCUAUGGCCAGUUCUCCCAAAUAAUUCUACAAACUUGUCCUCCCCUGUCAAGCUCUAGCAGAAGAUUUAAUAGCACUGGCUGAUUUAUGUUGGCCGCUGUAAUCAAAUUCAGAGCCAAAGCCCAGCCAACCAUCGGGAGGUUUCUUUAUGUUCCCUUGGCUCCUAAUAGCAUUGUCCUCCUUCCUUUCUACUUACCACAUGCCAUUUGGUCAAAUUAGAACUUGAACUCAAAAAGCAGAUGCCUUUCUUUAGAUAAGGUCCAAAAUAAUUCCCUUGUCAGGGGAAGGAGGGAUGGAUUUGUUUCCUCGUCUCUAUGUGUGCAAAGGAGGCACUUUUGAUAUAUGACUUAUAUAAAAUAAUGACGGAUGUGAGAUGACUGAUUUUAUUUCAUCCUUGUAGUAAGGGCAAACGUUUCCUCCUCAGGAUGUCACUGUGGGUUAGGGAUGGGAGGCAGAAGAGAAUAUCCUUCUCAUGUCAUUUGCAGUGAUUCAGUGACCUGCUCAAGGCCUCUCAGUGAGUGGCUUCAGGUACCUCCAGGCAAUGCUGGUGCCUUAGCUCUGUACGGCAGCUCCAGGGUCCAACAAGGGAGUUGGGCAGACCUACUCCCAUCCCUAAUCCUUGUGAACAUAUCUUCUGGUUCUGUGUUGCCUACCUAAACUUUUAAAUCUUAUUCUUCUUAAAAUUACCAACAAUUUCAAACAUUCAGAAAAAGUAAAGAUAAUUGUUCAAGGAAUAGCAAUAUGUCCACUGUUUGGGGCUGAAUUGUGUCUCCCCCAAAUUCAUGUUGAAGCCCCAAUAAUACCCAGUACUUUAGAAUGUGACUGUAUUUGUUUUUGUUUUUUGAGACGGAGUCUCGCUCUGUUGCCCAGGCUAGAGUGCAGUGGCACGAUCUCAGCUUACUGCAACCUUCACUUCUCAGGUUCAAGUGAUUCUCCUGCCUCAGCCACCCAAAUAGCCGGGAUUAUAGGCACCUACCAUCACACCUGGCUAAUUUUUGUAUUUUUAGUAGAGACAGGGUUUCAACAUGUUGGCCAGGCUGAUCUCCCACUCCUGACCUCAAGUGAUCUGCCUGCCUUGGCCUCCCAAAGUGCUGGGAUUUCAGGCAUGAGCCUCCACGCCCAGCCAGAGUGUGACUGUACUUGGAGAUGAGGUCUUUAUAAAAGUGAUUAAGUUAAGAUAAGGCCAUUAGAUUGGGCUUUAAUCCAACUUGACUGGUGUUCUUAAGAGGAAAUCUGAACACAUAAAGAGACAUGAGGGAUACGGGCAGAGGAAAGGCCAUGUGAGGACAUGGCAAGUAGGUGCCCAUGCCCAAGCUGAGGAGAGAGGCCUCAGGAGAAAACAAACCUGCCACACCUUGGUUUUGGCCUUCCAGCCUCCAGAUCUAUGACAAACAAGUCUCUGUUGUUUAAGCGGUUUAGUCUGUGGUACUUUGUUACAGCAGCCCUAGGAAACGAAUACACACACUGCAUCGAUUCUGCACUGGCUGUCAUUUUGCUGUAAUUACUCUAUCUUAUAUCUGUUUAUCUAUUCAUCUUUUUUAUUGAUGGAUUUCAAGUGAGUUGCUGAUUUGUCACCCUCUUUGCAGAAUUGAAUAGGGAAGGUAAACCCAUGUUUGAUCGAUGACCACCAGCAUACCUGAUUGAACCCUCUCUGUAAGUUCGGAUAAUCAGUGAUUAUUUACUCUUGGGAGUUUACAACCAAGAAACAGAAACCCAGAGAUGAACAGUCAUUGGGUUUGAUUAGAAAGACGUGAUUCUGGGUGUUGAUAAGUGACUCCAACCUUAGCUGGCUAAGGCAACACCUCUGGCUUCUUUGGGUGCUAUUUCUUCUGAGGUUUCCUGCUCAUUCUCUGUAGGUGAUGGUGGUGGAGGAAGGUCUCCACUGUGUGCUGGUAACUGAAUUUCCAGAAGUUUCUGGAGUCAGAAUCCAGAUUCAAUACUGGCCUACUGCCUUCUGGUUGCAUGUGACCUCGGGUGCAUCUCCCUUAGCUUUAUCUGAAAACGAGGAUGAUAGUACUAAUAUAUACCUUGUGGGGUUGUUGUGGGGAUCAAAGAAAGAUUAGUGGGGCACAUCAUGGAAUGUCUCCCAUGUUGGCACCUCACUGCUGGGUUAGGGCAAUGCUAUCUGCUAUAACAGGUAAGCAUUUUAGUGGCUUAUCUGAAUCAAAAUUUUUUUUUUUGCUCACCUGACAGUCCAGUGUCCCUGGUCGGGGGCAGAGCACCUCCCUUCUGGCAUUCAGGGAUGCAGGCCCUUUCCAUCCCGUAGCUCCACCUUCCCCCAGGGAUUGAGUCUGUGCACCCAGGCAGAACCAUUGGCAAGAAUAAUGACAUGCCCCAUCUCUCCAUGCUGCAGGGGGCUGGGAAAUGCAGCUACUUCACAAGGAUCUCUCUGGCCUAGGGAAGAGGGAACACACAUUUUGGAGGGAAUAUUAGCCUUCUCCACACAACCCAACUCAGAGGAGGUCCUCUGAUGGGAAGUCAGUGGCUGGGGGUUAGUGGUGGAGACAGCCAUCUAGCCUGGGAAACUUCCCCACUAGACCAGAGCAGUGAGGAAAGCAGGAAGGUUGGAAGUGGUUGAACCAGUGAGCCGUCUCCAAGGGGCAGGGUCAGAUGACUGCAGAAGGGCACCUCCUCCUAGGGCUGUGUACAAGAUUUCUUUGGAACUCUAACCCCAAUUCUGUACUAGCUGUGUGGUCCAGAUCAAUUGAUUUGACUUCUCCAAGAGUAAUUUUCUCUGUAAAUGGGGAUAAUCAGCUGUGAGAGUUAAAUACAAUAAUGCCUGGGAAAUACUGAGCCUGGAUCAUCGUCGCUUCAUGAUGUGGGUUUUGCCAAACAAGAGUCUGCAAGUAUGCAGUGCAGGCAGUACUCCUUCCCUUCAUCUCAGGGAACACGGUGCUAACAAGUCAUGGCCCCCUUUCCUCAGAGUCCUUCUCAACACAGCAUUCCAGGAAACCUGUACUAAUCAGUGCAAGUUAGGCCGGGCAUGGUGGCUCACACCUGUAAUCUCAGCAGUUUGGGAGGCCGAAGUGGACAGACCACAGAAGGCCAGGAGUUCAGGACCAUGGUGAGACCCUGUCUCUACUAAAAAUAUAAAAAACUUAGUCCGGCAUGGUGGCAUGUGCCUGUAAUUCCAGCUACUCCAGAGGCUGAGGCACUAGAAUCCCUUGAACCCAGGAAGUGGAGGUUGCAGUUAGCCAGGAUCGUGCUGCUGCACUCCAGUCUGAAUGACAGAGAGAGACUUUGAAAAAAAAUGUAUAGAUUGGGAGCAGUGGCUCAUGUCUGUAAUCCCAGCACUUUGGGAGGCCGAGGUGGGUGGAUCACAAGGUCAGGAGUUGGAGACCAGCCUGGCCAAAUGGUGAAACCCUGUCUCUACUAAAAAUACAAAAAAUUAGCCAGGCAUGGUGGUACAUACCUGAAACCCCAGCUACUUGGGAGGCUGAGGCAAGAGAAUCGCUUGGACCCAGAAGACAGAGGUUGCAGUGAGUGGAGAUCACGCCAUUGCACUCCAGCCUGGGCAACAGAGCAAGACUUGGGAAAAAAAAAUAUUAAAGUCUGGGCACAGUGGCUCAUGUCUGUAAUCCUAACACCUUGGGAGGCUGAGGCGGGUGGUUCACCUGAGGUCAGGAGUUCAAGAGUGGCCUAGCCAACAUGGUGAAACCCCAUCUCUACUAAGAAUACAAAAAAAUUAGCCAAGUGUGGUGGCAGGUCCCUGUAAUCCCAGCAACCCAGGAAGCUGGGACAGGAGAAUCGCUCAAACCCCAGAGGCAGAGGUUGCAAUAAUCCGAGAUCACGUCAUUGUACUCCAGCCUCGGCAACACGAGCAAAACUGCAUCUCAAAAAAAAAAAAAAAAAAUUAGUGCAUGUUAGCAGAUGACAUGAAAACUCUUUGUUCCCAAGAGGUUGGUCUAUUACAAGACUCUCCUGGGUAAGCAGGAGAGCCAAUGGUUUCAUUGGAUCUGGAGGUGAAAUUAAAGAAGAAAUUAUUCUGACACUGAACCCGGGAGGUGGAGGUUGCAAUGAGCCAGGUAAGGAAGAUUUUAUCCAAGACUAUUGCAAUAGGUUUAAAAACUAUCCUAAUAGGAGGCAGAGUCAGCCUUAGCUCCAUUACAACAAGGACAAAUGGGGAUUUAUAACCAAGAAGCAGGUUGGGUAGGUCAGUGGAUUAAAAAUACGAAGAGAAGACAUCAGGGUAGGGGGAUUUUGGCUGAACCAACUUAACAGAUUCUUGCUGAAGGCAGACCAGGAUGAUCAGUUUUCAAGGGAGGGUGAUUCUCUCUAAGCUGACUUUUCAAGACUCUGGCUGUAACUGGACUCUGCAAGGAUGGACACGGAAGCUCACGUUCAAGGCCUAGUCAAGAGGGCUCAGGGGAGCCUGACCAAAGCUUGGCUGAGGAGAGAAUCGUUGUCAGUGGGAAGGUAGAACUUGGGUCCUCCUACCUAUUUCUCUGCCCACCAAGGUUUUGGGAUGGGACAGAAGACAUGAAAUGCUCUAGGGAUGGUGGGACCCUUGGCACUGCCCCAAACAGUAGAUGUCUUUGCCUCUGGGUCCCUGGGAAGGGAGUUAUCUAAGCCUCACAGGCUCUCUGUGCAGUAGUGUGGGAGACACAGCAGGAGAACCAUGCAAAGCAGACUCCACUUUGGCCCCAUAGGCAGAGAACAGGCCUAUGUAUGGCAGCAGCAGGGACAGGAGCACCUGGAACAGCUCCCAGGGAUGCCAUAUUCCAGAAGUGGUCUCUAGCCUGGCUGAUAAAUCCCAGAGCUGUAAUUAAGACAAAAUAUUGUGACUGUGACACCUGCUGACAGCUGCAGGAAGGCCCCGGAAACUUGUAUUGUGAAUUAGAUUUUGCAGGCAGCUCUGCUGUGGUGAGCUGGUGCCAGGCGAAGGCACCUGAGGGAACUUGAGGGCAAAGACUGCUCACCAAGUGGAAAGAGGGGAAUUCCUCCACCCCUGUCCAGGAACCCUUGAUGUCUCAGGCAUCACAGACCCUGGUAGAGGCCAAAGCUGGAAAGGGCUUAGAGCUCAUCUGGUCCAAUGGCUUUCAUUAUACAUCCAGAAAAAUCCAGACCCACAGGGGAAAUGAACUAUCCUAGGUCACACAGUGAGUUACUGGCAUGGCUAAAGACCAGGGCUCUUGGCUGGAGAGCAGUUAAAAGUAGUUGAGCAUACAUCCGGAAAUUCGACUUAAAUUCAAUGGUGAGUGCUUGGAAAGACAGAGACAAUGCCAGAGAAUGAGACAAAGUUAUAAACAGAGAGAGACAGAGGCAGAGAGGGUAAGACACACAGAAAAGAGAGUGGCAGAAGGAGAGAAACACAGAGAAGAGGCAGAAGAUAUUGGUGAGCCUGAACCAUUAGGUUCAAAGAGAGAUUCAUAUGCCUGCUGAGUGGGACAGGACCCCAGCAAUCAUCUACUCCAGCUACUUUUGUUUUUACAAUAAUGAAACAAAGUAAAGCUGAGUGGUUUACCUAUGUCAACCUUUUUAGAAAAAGUUUGAUGCCAUGUGGUUAAAAAAAGUAAGCUGCUUUUGGUGUGAAAACUGGCAAAACUUUUGUCUCUGAAGGUUUGUGAAAUGAAAUUUGAAAAAGGAAGAGCUGCAAGAAUAUGACUCAGAAUAGAGAAAGUCGGGGAAAUGUGAUGCAGAUACUUCUGCAAGUCUCAGACCUUAGGACUGAGGACUCCCUGACCUUUCUGUUACUUUCUCUGAGGUCUUAGACCCAGUUUCUGAGAAGGACAAAGGGGAAUUCCCCAGAGAAGGAGAACAUCCUAAGCCUCACCUCCCACUCCUCCUAUCUUGAUACAGGAAAUCUCUGCUUUCAAGUAUCAGCUCCAAUGCCACAUCUUCCAGGAACCCUUCCUUGAUAUCUCACUUGGACCCUCUCCCUCUCAACUGUUACCCAUUUCUUCCGUCUAUAAAUCCCUUCAGGCAUCCCUACCCUAUGUUAGCCACUCUUCUCUUUUACCUUAUACAACAGUUAUCCAAGAAUAUGUCGAUAAAAGAGCCCUUAUUCUGCGCCAGGAAUUCCAAAAGCUAUAGCUCUAAUUCGACAACAAACCAUCAAAGUCGGCUUUGCAUGCCCACUUUGUAAGUAAGAAAACUUAGACUCCCAAAGAAUGAAUAACUUCCUCAAGGUCACACGGUUACUAAGUGGCAAAACAAGGACUUAAACCCAACUUGGAUGACUCCAGGGCCAGUACUCUUCCUGUGACACUGAACAAGACAUUCCAAGGGCGGGAACUGUGUCUAGUCAUUGUGUCUUGCACAAUUUGGUACUUGCUGUGUUUUGAAUGAAUAAAACAGUAAAUGAAUGAAUGAACACAAGAAGUGUCCUUUCUUUCGAAGGCUGUAGUGCAGGGCUUGGCAAACUGCAGCCUGUAGGCCAAAUCCAGCCUGCCUCCUAUUUUUGUAAAUAAACUUUUACAAUACAUGGCCACACUCAUUCCUUUAUGUACUGUCUAUGGCUGCUUUCCUGUACAACGGCAAAGUGAGGUUGAACAGAGACCGUGUGACACACAAAGCCUAAAUGUUUACUAUAGGCCCUUUAUAGAAAAAGUUUGCUGACUCCUGCUAUGGCCUGUGGUCUUUACUAAGCUGAUUAAAAGAAUAGUGCUUAUUGCUAAGUGGUAUACUAAUAAGCUUGUCUUUCAGAAUCUAAAAUAUUGUGUGUGUCCAUGCUUGUGCCCGGGGUGUGCCUAUAAAAUAUCAGACAGAUUUGAGCAUGUAACUGGUAUAUGCCGCUUUACUAUUUUAUAGGCAGGCUUCAUGAACCUGCCCACAUACCCUUUGGAAAUCUAUAUAUUUUGUUUGUUUGCUUGUGGUUUUGUUGUUGUUUAGUUAAGUUUAGCUUUGUCAGCAACACUUUGGCCCAGACCAGAUGAUAGCUGGGACCCCUGGCCAUGAAGGUGUUCCCUGAAGCAGAGGAGGGCAGGUUCCCCUUGGACAGUCUCUGUUGGGGGUUGACUUUGAGGCUUACCAGAGCAGUAUUGACAAGGCGGUUUUUGAGCCAAAUAAAAAGCACCCUGUGUGACUGAUUGCACUCCAUUUCCUCUUGGUUUGCAGGGGGAUAAGUAUCCCUGGGCUCCCAACCUCAUGUCCUCCCCUGGCCUGAAGGCACUCUUGUCCUCUAAGCCUCCCCUAGAGCAGUGUUUGGCCAGCUAGAGCAGGGCUGCUUACCCAUUGCUGCUCCCGAGAGCUCAGGACUGGCCCCAGACCCCUGGCAUCUGGGGCAGAAGCAACAUCAAAGCAGGGAUUGGCCAACUCCCACUCCUAAUGCCAAACAGGCCAGGCACUGAGAGCUCUCGGAGGCGUGACGAAUCUCAGCCUGUCUCCAGCUAGUGUUCCCUGGCCAGUCCGUUUUGGGCCUUGCCUCACAAUGACGGGCUCAUCAUUCAGCCUCGCUCAUCUGCUCAUCAUUUCAGGACUGCUCUGUUACUCAGCGGGCUGCUUGGCUCUUCCUGGCCUGGAUCAGAAGAAGCGUGCUGGCCACAAAGCAUGCUGCCUGCUGACACCCCCUCCACCACCAUUGUUCCCACCACCAUUCUUCAGAGGUGGCCGCAGUCCGCUUCUCUCCCCAGACAUGAAGAAUCUCAUCCUGGAACUGGAGACCUCGCAGUCUCCGUGCAUGCAAGGCUCACUAGGCUCCCCUGGACCUCCCGGCCCCCAGGGUCCACCGGGGCUUCCUGGCAAGACAGGACCAAAGGGAGAAAAGGGGGAGCUUGGCCGACCAGGAAGGAAGGGUAGACCUGGCCCCCCAGGUGUUCCUGGCAUGCCUGGGCCCAUCGGUUGGCCAGGCCCUGAAGGACCUAGGGGUGAAAAAGGUGACCUGGGUAUGAUGGGCUUGCCAGGGUCAAGAGGACCAAUGGGCUCCAAGGGCUAUCCUGGAUCCAGAGGGGAAAAGGGAUCCAGAGGUGAAAAGGGUGACUUGGGUCCCAAAGGAGAAAAGGGUUUCCCGGGAUUUCCUGGAAUGUUGGGGCAGAAAGGUGAAAUGGGUCCAAAGGGUGAACCUGGGAUAUCAGGACACCGAGGACCCACAGGAAGACCAGGAAAACGAGGCAAGCAGGGACAGAAAGGGGACAGUGGAGUUACGGGCCCACCGGGCAAGCCUGGGCCUUCUGGUCAACCUGGCCGUCCAGGCUCCCCAGGGCCCCCAGGGCCCCCAUCUGCAGGACAACUUAUAAUGGGACCCAAAGGGGAAAGAGGAUUUCCCGGGCCUCCAGGAAGAUGUCUUUGUGGACCCCCUCUGAAUGUGAAUAACCCUUCCUACGGGGAAUCCGUGUAUGGGCCCAGUUCCCCGCGAGUUCCUGUGAUUUUUGUGGUCAACAACCAGGAGGAGCUUGAGAGGCUGAACACCCAAAAUGCCAUUGCCUUCCGCAGAGACCAGAGAUCUCUCUACUUCAAGGACAGCCUUGGCUGGCUCCCCAUCCAGCUGACCCCUCUCUACCCUGUGGAUUACACUGUAGACCAGCGCAGCACCUGCGGGGAUGGGCUCCUGCAGCCUGGGGAGGAGUGUGACGACGGUAACAACGAUGUGGGUGACGACUGCAUCAGCUGUCACCGUGCCUACUGUGGAGACGGUCACCGGCAUGAGGGUGUGGAGGACUGUGAUGGCUCUGACUUUGGCUACCUGACGUGCGAGACCUAUCUCCCUGGGUCCUAUGGAGACCUGCGAUGCACCCAGUACUGCUAUAUCGACUCCACGCCCUGCCGCUACUUCACCUGAGGCUGUGAGGAGGAGGUGGGCUGCGCCCCACGGAAUGGCAGCAGCUUCUCACCAUCAUCAAACUGGCCAUGCACUGUCCUGGCCGUGUCUCCACCAAUCUUUGUGUGACAAAAACAAGGACAAAUUCCUGCUACUAAGACGUGCUGUUGACUCAGUGUGACUGGAAGAAUUUAGGACCACUGUAUCCUGUCUUAAGCCAAAGUACGGAAAACCUUCCACAUGCCCAACCUGAGAACUGUUUCCCAUCGCUACCAUCGGGCAAACAACUGGUUACAAUGCUCUUCCUCUUCUGGAAUGUAGCUGACCCAGGCCGCCAAUGUGGCUGAGCACUGUGAGACACACAUAGACCUGCGGGGCUGUUUUGGUAUGUUUGGAUCUUGUUGGGGAAUCUGGAGUACAGGCCUCUCCGCCCCCUGGCCUCCAAAAGGAGCAGGCAUUCUCACUCAGCCUGGGCAGCCAGCUCUCGGGACUCUCAGGGCCUGUGGACCACUAAGCAGGGAAGUGGGCACGUUCUCUUGGUGUGGCUCACAGCCUUGAAUCUGCCACAGGACCCCGCGACUGGCCACAGCCCAGCCCAGCCUGAUGUGGAUGUGGCUGCCCAGGAAGAGACUUAACUGUGAAAACGUACUGAGAACCCAUGUGACCCAAGCUUCCCCCAAACAGAGGCUAGAGAUGAGCCUCCUCUUCUCAGUGUUUCCCAAAGGGGCGGCUCUUGUGGUUUCAGAAUCUCUGGCACCAUCCUGACCUCUUGGCUCUCUCUGUACUUUGGCCCCUGUCUCGCAAAUUCAUGUCCAUUUCCUGUCCGGGAGACUCAUGAGGACUGUGACCUGCACAAGCCCACACCUGGGCAAGCCGUUGGUGUCUCCUUGGUCCUUAGACAGAUACUGUCCUGGGUCCCCCAUCUAGGGCCCACUGUGAGUGCUGUCUCUAGGCAGAGCGUUCCUGGCCGGAGCGCUACCUCCUUGCCUCCUGCUGACCCCCGACAAUACCCUGUGGCCCUCCUUUCAUGUCUGUAUAUUGCAUAGCCUUGUCCUCCUGUGUGCCUGAGCUGCUCCCUUUUCGAUAAGAUUAUUAGUCCUGCAUGUCUGUGAGUUGCCUUUCAUCACCAUUUUUCUGGAGUGGGGCUUAGUUUUAUUUUGGAAAGACAUCUCCAAGGUGAGGUCCACCCCAACAGCAGACCUCAAGUGGAAUUUGCCCAUUUGUUACCAGCUGGAGGGAUACACCUGGGUUUUUGUAUGAAGCUGUUUAAUGAGCCUGAGUGUUGAGAACUCAGCAGGCUGGAGCUUGGGACCCAGUGAACCAUCGCCUGGUGUCUGUAGGUGGAUCCUGUCUCCCACAGGCAACAUCAACCCGAGGGUGGUGUCUUUAGAGGCAGGCACAUGGUCAGCCUUGUCCCCUUCACCUCUACUGCAAGGCCAGGGGAGAUGUGGUUUUCCUGCUGCUUCUACCAUCACACUGGAGUUUCCAGAUGGGAAAUCAAAAAAUAAAGGCAGUUAAUUUC